UUCAAUAUGUCUUUCAAUCUAAAUAGGUUCAAUAUUUACGGUGAUGAUUUCAUAAACCAUCGCAUGAACCAUGAAGAUUUGUUUGAUUCUCCUCCAUCCUUUUCUUCUUAUCAAAAUUCACAUGCCUCUUCAUUUUCUUUUCAAAUUAACAAUUCACAUAUGAACUAUCAUAUGAUGAGGAGAAACUUUGAUUCUUUUUCUGGUGCCAAAUAUUUUUCUAUUCAAAAUAAUUCUCAUAUUACUCAAAUUUCUUUUACUGAAACCAUCACAAAUAGGUAUACUACUAUUGUUCCUACCAAUACACUUGAUAAUUUCCAACAUGAAAUUAAACGUGUCAAACGUUCCAUGGAUUCUAAUACUAAUAUUUGGAAUCCUGUAUCUUAUCCUCAAAUUUUUUUCGAUAAUCAGUGCGAAAUUUUGAAUCCUACACCUCUUAGUGUCAUUUAUCCGCGCCAACAUUCUGCUGCUCUUCAUCAUUCAGAUUUUUCUUCCUUUACAUCAAAGUGUAACCAUGUUCCUCACGCUAGUCGAUCUUCGAAGAAAAUUUCCAAACCAACAAAUCUUUUUGAAAGAACUACUUAUUAUGUUCAUUCUGAAGAAGAUGAGAAAAGUGAUGAUAAUCAAUAUGAUGGACGUACACAUAGUAUACCAUAUGUGAAAUAUGGUCCAUAUACGUGUCCCAAGUGCAAUGGUGUGUUUGACACUUCUCAAAGAUUUGCUGCACAUAUGUUAUCUCACUACAACAGUGAGACGAACAAAGAAAAAGCUUUGAGAUUUCGUGCAAGAAAUAAAAGAAAAUUUCGUAAGCUCAUGGCCGGUCAGAAAAUAUCAAAACAGAGGAUGUAAUUUGUAGUAAUGGAAUAAGUAACGAAGAAUGUUUCCAACAUUUUUGGAUAGUAAAAGAAGAACUUUUUUAUUAUUU